UGUCUUUUCUUAUAUGCUAGUUGUAUGGGAUUAUCUUUACCAAUGAAAAAUACAGACUGUCCAAAUUGUGUAGAAGAAGAACAAAUGCCACACAGGUGGGCGAUGCCCCUGUUAAAACUAGGCGAGAAGAGGUACUACUUAGGAAUAUUUUUCAAGGCAAAUUGGUAUAGAGCAGCACAAUAUUGUCGUUUCCACGGUAUGCACCUGGCAAGCAUAUCAUCACAAGAAGAAAAUGACAAAUUAGAAAAAAAUAUACGAGAUUUUGGACUAGGACACGAACACUUCUGGACCUCCGGAACUGAUCUGGCUGAAGAAGGAACCUUCUUCUGGAUGGCUACAGGAAGACCUAUCACUUUCACAAACUGGAACGCAGGGGAGCCCAACAAUUUCCGAUACGAAAACGGAGAGGAAGAAAAUUGUCUUGAAUUAUGGAACAGAGACGGCAAAGGACUUAAAUGGAACGAUACGCCUUGUUCAUUCGAGACUUACUUUAUCUGUGAAGUUCAAUAG